AUGGAGGUUUCAAAAUUAAAGAAAAUGAUAGAUGAUUUGUGUCUCUGCAAAGAAGUUAAGGUAGAAAAAACAGGUCUCAUCAUUGAUGGUAAUGCUCUGUACUAUUCUUUGUAUUAUACAUCCGAUCCAAAGCUGGACCAGCGCUGUGGAGGGGAUUAUCCUGGAUUCAAACAUGAGGUCUGCAAGUUCUUUAAGACUCUGCAGGACUGUGAAGUCAAUCCGUACGUCAUCCUGGAUGGUGGCUCAGGGCCCGAGAAGCAUGAACACAAUGUGUCUCCUCUAAAAUAUAAACUGAAAAAAGCAAAGACAAUAGCAGAGACAGAGCCUGACGGCACUUUACCAGAGGCAUAUAAUGUCUUACCACCUCUGGUCAAAGACGUCUUCAUAGAAAUCUUAAGGGAAAAAGGCAUAGAGUUUAAAGUGUGUUUAGGAGAGGCAGACCCUGAGGUUGUUUCCGAGGCAAAUCAGAAACAAUGUGCUGUGCUGUCUAUUGACAAAGAUUUUUACAUCUUUGAUGUGCACAAAGGUUUCCUUAAUCUCGACAACUUUGAGUGGAAAAAAGAAGAGGAUGGAAAAAUUCCUGCUAGAAUCUACACACGUUCAAAGUUUUGUGAGCAUUUUAAAUUAGACCCUGCUCUCAUGCCAGUCUUUGCUUCAAUAGCAGGAAAUGAUUAUUCAAGAUUAGAAGACAAUGGUGCUUUUGCAAAGGAAUCCUCUUCACCUGGUGAGUACAGCAUUAAAAGACUGGAUGGUAUGCUCGGCUUUUUAAGUAAAGUGAACCUGGAUGGCCUGAAUAAUUCACAGAAGAGAGAACAUGCUCUGAGUGAAGCUUUAAAUCAUGUUGGUAAAAAAGAGAACCAAACAUUCAAACUCGCCAUUAAAAAAUAUGUUAAACCAGAAAAAACAAGUUCGAAGUUGCCACCAUGGGUGUGUGAAAAAGUUGAGCGUGGAGAACUCACCACUUUUGUCACAAGUGUUGUGGAUUGGAAGACAAUGAUGCUGACCCCACUUGUGGAGGACUUUUCACAGCACAGUAGUUACACAGCUGCUUACCGCAUCAGACAGUACUUCUAUGGACUGUUAACAGGAGGUGAGAUUACUGAAUAUGGCAGGGAUGGAGAAGAGAUCAAAGACUACCGUGUCCCAUCAAUACUUCCCAGCAGUGAUGAACAGAAACAACUGAAACUACAGUGUCUGAAUGAGGCUCCUGAGCAUUCGCGUCGCAGGGUGUUUGAAGAAGCUCUGCAGGUUCAGACAUCAGAAAACAUCCCCGACCAGCUGAAGCUGCCAGUCUGUGUGACUGUUUUCUGGUUUAAGAAGCUACAACACCACCCAAAGCCUGAAACUGUAAACUGCCUCCAUGCUCUCCUGCUGUGGUUUGUGUGUGAGCCCGAUGGUCCAGAGGACGAGUUUGAGAGGAAGAUGAAAGCUUUAAAGGAUGAAGUUGUGCGUAACUGGCAGCCACGUGUGGCUCAUGCUUUCAGCCAAUGGCAGUGCUGCAUGAGGCAGAGCCUCCACCUGAACCAGCUGCUGUGUUCACCUCUACCAGAACCUCAGUGUGCACGACUUUACUGUGGACCUCUCCUUCAUCGGCUGGCAGAUGAAGACACGAUUAAACAACUACAGAAAACACUGAAUGGACAAAAGAAGGAAAUAUAUAAAAAUUUAAAGACCAUUCUUAAUCCAACAACUACCGAGGAGGGGUCCUCAAUCUGCCGGAGAGGACCCGGAAACGAAACCCACCUGAAGCUGCCGGAGGACACGGUGAAAAACAUAGGGUUCAAAAGAGUGCAUCGCAUCAGGGCUCCGAAGACAGGAAGCGGGAGACCACGUCCUAUUGUAGCCAAAUUCGGCCACUUCAAGCAGAAGGAGCAGGUGAAGAGUCGCGACAGAGAGCUGAAAGGAACGGAUUUUAGCGUGAAUGACCAGUUCCCCAGAGAGAUCCUGGAACGACGCAGGGUCCUCUUCCCAGUCUUACGUAGUUUUAUCCAGAAAUGCUCCCGGCCUGUCAUCGCCGUGGACCGGCUCUACGUGGACGGACAGCUCUACCGCGACCCUGGCACCACUCCAUGGCUGUAUUGA